GUUUGCUGUUUUACGCUCCAUACAUUCUCUUUUAUUUUGUGGACCAUCUUUCUAAAACGAAAAUCUUAAAGGGAAAACUUCCCUUUCAGAUAUCCCCGGUGCAGGUGAAAGAAAAUUGAAUUUUUUAGCAGGAACAGGAGGGAAAGGAUGAGAGUUUUAGGCCUUCCAGUUUUUGUUUUGUUAAUGCAAAACAUUUUCAUAUGCCGAGCCACUUUAAGUGAACCAGACAAUUCUACAGAUUUGGAUCCAUCCAUAGACCCCGCGAAUCUGAAAAUGUACGACCAAGAAAUGGAAGCAACAUUAGGAGAAUUAAAUCUUGGAAUGGAUUACUUUGAGGGAGACAUAAAGCUAACCCAACAACUUAGAGACUACAUAAAGGCCUCUCGGGGAAGAAACAUUCUCCAAGCCAGAGCACUUAUAAGAGAUGAACGAAAAUUGUGGCCUAAUGGUGUGGUGCCAUAUGCGCUUGCUAGUGAUCUGAGUACAGAGAGUCAAGGUUACAUAAAAUCAGCAAUACAAGAGUGGGGUGACAACACGUGCCUGACGUUUAGACCUAAAAACGACGCCGACCAGGAUUAUGUAGAAUUUGUCUACGAGGUAGGAUGCUCCUCAUAUGUGGGACGUAUUGGCGGCCAGCAGACGAUUUCAGUCGGAAACGCAGAUGGCUCCAUUACUUGCAAACACGGUAACCUUGUUCACGAAAUUGCUCAUUCUCUGGGAUUCUUUCACGAGCAUAGCCGACCGGACCGUGAUCAGUACGUUGAAAUUAAGUGGGGAAAUAUUGAAAUGGGUUAUCAAAAGAACUUUGAAAAGGAAACUAAAGCUACUGUGAACUCUCGAGAUGUGGAAUACGACUAUGGCUCAGUUAUGCACUACGGUGAAUUCUUCUUUACGAAGGGUAAAGGAUUAAAAACUCUGGAACCAAUACAAGACACGUCCGCAACCAUUGGUCAGAGAGUCGGGCUCAGUGACCUGGAUAUAAAACAAGGAAAUUUGCUGUAUAGUUGCCCAGGUUAUAAAGAUGACAUAACAAAAGGACAUGGAACAAGCCAAGCCCCAGUAGACGAAGAAUUGUGGGAUAAACCGCUCCGCGAACACGAAGUUAAAGUCCUUAGAAGUAAAGUGCACAAGAAAAACGCCGAGAAGAAAAGCAGUCAUCUUCACACGAUCUUGAAAAAGAAGGCGGUUCCCAAGAAAUCAACCGCGCUAAAAAAGGCUUCUCUUACCAAAACGGAAGAAAGAACAGCCAAGCACUCCAAGCCUGAUUCCAGAUCAAUGGUGUUGAAAGAAAACCAGAUAAAACCUCAGUUACAGGAAGUGUACCACCAGGAUGACGCGGAUAUUUUAGAAGGAGAUGACGAAGAAGACGAUGUGUCUUACUCACGAGAUGUUAGCUCACCUGCGAGUGCCCCAGAAACACCCAACCAACUUGCCACUGAUAGAGCAACGUUGGCUCAGGAAGAGGAAGACGCAGUUCAGCAACAGGAUAGCGACGAAAUAGGCGAGGAGAAUUUAGGAAAAGACUACUUUGAAGGCGACAUGAUACUGACACCUGACCAAAAUGAUUUCCUGAGCAAUAUUAAGAAAGACGACAGCGUGCAACAAGGCUCCAAACGGGCUCUCAUUAAGGACAAAAUGUAUCUCUGGCCGAACGCCAAAGUGUACUAUAAUUUUGACAAGGGAGUAGAUAGGAUAGGAAGGAGACGAGCUCGUGCAGCUAUGCGCCACUGGCAGAAACACACUUGCCUCAAGUUCAAACGAGUCAAGAAACCAGCCGACGACUUGGGAUAUAUAAAUUUCGUUUUUGAGGGAGGCUGUGCUUCCCGAGUUGGUCGCGGUGGAGACAAGGCCCAGAAGCUGACAAUUGGAAGCAAAGCGCUGCGGUGUAAAAUAGGAAACAUAAUUCACGAACUGGGUCAUGCUGUUGGCUUCUUUCACGAGCACAGUCGACCUGACAGGAAUAAAUAUGUUCGUGUGCUCAAAAAGAACAUCCUUCCAGGUUACGAAAGAAACUUCUACAGAUUUGGAAAGAAGUGGAUUGAUUCAAAGGACGUGCCAUACGAUUACGGAUCUAUCAUGCAUUACAACAGAGCAUUUUUCUCCCGUUUUCCUGUCAUGCUCGAUACUCUGAUUCCUCUGCGGCAUGUUGAUAUUGGUCAGCGAAGGGCUCUGAGUAAAUUCGACAUCCUGCAGGCUAACUUACUCUACCAAUGUGAUGGGAGAAAAAAGUUAACUGACGAAGAGAUAGAACAGCUCAAACAAGAAAGCAAUGACCAAGCUAGCGGGUCGGAAGUCGCCUGCGCGGAUGUUUACGAUCGCGAUUCUUGUGCUAUGGUGAAGACCCGAGGUUAUUGUCAGAAAUUUCCGACAAGCAUGAGGACAACGUGCGGGAUCACGUGUAACUUGUGCGGUGAGUCGAUUUAUAACACCAUCAUCAGUACCAUAUGUUUAUCUCUCAUCAGACAAGGCGCCAUUACCUCCUUGUCAGCAUACCUAAAAUUUGUGAGCCUGCGAACUGACUCUCAUGAGGGCAGCGGUACACGCGUCAAUGUCUGCGAGAUUCGAGUAGGCGAUAGAGCAAACCUGCGAGAGGUUUUAGUAGGAUGUGGCAAGAGGACUGGAAAUAGAACCCUCGCGGACCUCCCGCCUGCUCACAUCGCUUGCCUGCUCGAAAAGUGCAGGCUUUGCCACUCGUGUCGCAGUGCCUAUGAGCGUCUGCUCGCAUUUUGAAACUCUUAUGAAAGGAAUGAUAUCCCUGCCCUCUGAUUAUUGAGAAGGGAAAAUUUAAGGAGAAAUAAAUGGUAAUCUACCGUAAGUGGUGUGCUGUGGAUUUACUUUAUAACGAUAAGUUGUUUCAGCGGUAAUUAUCAACCACCCAGCUUUUCAAAAAUAUAUGCUCUAUCGAUGUGAAUGCCUUAUUUUGUUUCUCUCAGGAUAUAAUAGAAUAAUACCUGAAGGUCAUGUUAUAAAUUUAAAUCUUGUUAGUUAAAAACUAAAAUGGAUUGCAACUUAACCGAGAUAUGUUUUCUGCAUAACGUGAAAUGUUGUUCAUUGAUUUUUCUUGUGCAGCUUUCCUUUUUAAUUUGAAUAUAUCUUUGCCCUAGACAGGCAAAGUAGAUAUACUUGUAGCGGAGCUCGUAGAGCGUAGCCCCAUAAUUAUACAAAAUAGUAGUAACUCAUCGAGCCGAAAAAAUUUGGAU